CCAGAGUUUCAUAGCUUGAUCUUUAUAGUCGAUCCUCCAGAGCUCGCUCUUCGACGACCCGUUCAGAUCUCUCUUCGCGAGCAAAAAGGGGAGAAAGGCGAUAGAAAUUCUAUUUGGGCAUAACAUGGCGGAAUCAAAGCCUGGAUUAAGAAAGCCAGUUUUCACGAAGAUUGAUCAGCUUCGACCUGGGACAAAUGGACAUACGCUCACUGUGAAGGUUGUGGAAUCAAAGAUGGUUGUGCAGAAGGGGCGCCCUGAUGGACCGCACGUUCGCCAGAUGCGUAUUGCUGAAUGCUUGGUUGGAGAUGAGACUGGAACAAUCAUUUUUACAGCGAGGAAUGAGCAAGUGGAGCUACUGAAGACUGGAGCAACUGUAAUACUCCGCAAUGCAAAGAUAGACAUGUUUAAAGGAUCAAUGAGGCUUGCGGUUGAUAAAUGGGGUCGUGUUGAAGUCACAGACCCAGCUGAAUUUACAGUUAAAGAGGACAACAACCUUUCAUUGGUGGAAUAUGAACUUGUGAAUGUCGUGGAAGAUUGACCCAUAGAUCGUUGGUUGGCCGAGGCAAUGUAUUGGGUUAUGUUGUUUCUAAAAGGUUAUCAAGUGCUUUAUGUUCUAUCCCUCGCAGCUUUGAACCAUGAAGUUGUUGAAAUUCUCUCAUAUUCAGAUGGAAUAUGAGGCUGUUGGUACAAUGAUAUAAAACAGAGCAAGCAGGAGUAGAUAUCGAGCCCUGCAAUGCUGCAAUGCAACCAGUGGGAAGUGCUGGUCAGGCUUGAUCAUGCUAAUUAUUUUGGCAUGUAAUUAUUAUAUAUGUAAGAUCUUGCUCGAGUAUGUCUAAUAAUUGUUUUCUUGGUUGAUGAUUAUAGUCUUGUUUGAUUUUUAUCUGACAUCAUUAUGAGUUAAAGUUUGGAGCUAUAUGAUCA